AUGGGCCGUCCAAAAAUAACGGACUUAACCGAAUACUAUCCGCUGCUAAAUCUGUAGAACCUUAAACCCUAGCGAAGAAGAAAGACGAAGGUUUUACUCUACUCAACAACAAUGGAGGAAACUAACAUGGACGAUUGUGAACACAACCGUGAAUCUGAGGUUGCUCCGGCGUUAAUUGCAGUUCACCCAACUCAGAAAUCCGUCGCCGUUGCCGUCGGCUCGAAUCUCCGCGUCUUUAACCUUCAAGAAGGUUGUUCGGUUUCAUUGGUGGAUGAUUCAGGAGUGCACAUGCAUAAGGAUUCAAUUAGAGCAAUUCGAUAUGGUGCUGAAGGAAAGCUGUUUGUAUCUGCUGGCGAUGACAAACUUGUUAAGAUUUGGGUUACUGAUUCUUGGCGGUGCAUAAGUUCGGUGUCAUCCGAGAAGAGAGUUACUGCUGUUGCCAUCAGUAAUGAUGGGCGUUUUGUAUCCUUCGCGGAUAAAUUUGGUGUAAUUUAUGCAGUUGAAAUAGAAGGUUCUCAUGAAAAUCAAAGUCUGCCCAAUAAGAAGGCAGUCCCAAUUCUCGCCCACUACUGCAGCAUCAUUACUAGUCUGGAGUUUUCACCUGAUGGACGAUACAUUAUUAGUGCCGAUCGGGACUUCAAAAUCCGAGUCUCUGUCUUCCCGGAAAAGCCAUCAGAUGGGGCUCAUGAGAUUCAAUGUUUUUGCCUUGGCCAUUCAGAGUUUGUUUCGUGCCUUGCCUUUAUCUGCAGCCAGGAUUCCCAGCAGUGGUAUUUGCUUUCGGGAGGUGGUGAUUCAACUGUACGCUUGUGGGACUUCACUUGUGGUUCUCUUCUUGAUACCUGUCAUGUUGGAGAGACAGGACUAUUACAGUCAAAAGAAGGAAUAGAUGACAGGUUGCUGGCUGUCACUGAUCUCUGUGCCACUCCUGGUGGAUCACUAAUCGCGGUGGCUAUUCAGAGCUUGGCAGGUGUCAUGCUUUUGAGUUGCAACCUUUCAGCUAAAUCUCUCCAUGUUGCAAGAGUGGUUCCAAUUCCUGGGGAGACUUUUAUUCCCACAAGCUUAGCAGCCGCCUCUUCAUCGAAUCAAUUGUGGAUGGUCAUGGGUGCAUCGACUCUAUGUACUUCCCAUUCAGCACCUUUGGCUCGUGUGAAGGUUCUUGAUGGUUUCUGCGAGAGCAACCAGGACUCUGUUGAGCAGGAGGCUUGUGUCUUAGAAGAUAAAGAUUUACCAGGUAGUGAACAACUCCUUCAAACGCUGCAGGGGAGUUCGGUCAUUGAGAAAGAUGCACUAUCCGCAGCUGCAGAAGCAGUGAAAAGAGCAAUGUGUAAUCUAUUAAUCAAGAAGCAGUACCCUUCUGAAAAUCGAGAGUUUAGAAAGAGAGGGAGGAACGACAAGAGAGUAGAUAAGAAAAAAUGAGAGCGGUGGACAAAGUUACCUGGUAUCUAUGCUGGUGGGAGGUUAUCAAAGUUUUUAUAGACCGAGUUGAUUUUGCUGCCAGCAGUGAGCAAGGUAGUGGCCUUCCAGCUCAAACUCGUAAACAGUUCCAAUGAUGAAAGAAAUCGAAUUUUGCCUUGCUGUGAAGUAGUUUUUUUCUGCUUUUAAUCACAAUUUGUGAUAUGAUAUGAUAUUGACUACAUUGUUUACAAAUUGUUCACCCUCAUUGUAACUUUUUUUAAUUAUUUAGCUUGCAUUGUACUGUACUGUAGCUAAUUUUGCUGCUUUUGAUAUUACCAUAAUUUAAAAGCCUUCAUCUCAUUUGUUCAA